AUGGACUUUCUCAAUUUAAACGAUCUCGACGAAACGACUCCCGGCUCUACGGGAUCUGCGGGCUCUCCUACUCAAUUGACACAGCUUGAUAGCGAAGAUAUAGACUUCAGCUCGUUUCUUGAUACUCCUCAUUCUCAGUCACGACCAGAGACCUCACCAGAUGCCUUUGUUGGCUCUUUACCUACUCAGCAUACAACAAUGAAUGAUGAUUUUCCUAGCAACUACGCCGAUAAUCUCUCCAGUAGUUACACAGUGGGACGCUCCUUACAUUCUGCCGCGUCUCCUGCUGAUAAUAUACGUGCACAAUUAUCGAGAGCUCUAAAGCCAACUACAACAAACGAAGCAAGUACACCAGGAGGGAGUAAUUCUAUUCCCACGCCAUCAAGUGUGACUUCAAAGAGCAGGCCAAAAAGGCAAAGCGUAGCUAGUUCAGCCGCUGCAAAUAGUCCUUCUUCACCAUUAUCGCAACAGCCCCAGCUACAGCCCCAGCUACAGCCUCAACUGCAACAGCCCCAACUACAGCCCCAACUGCAACAGCCCCAACUGCAACUACAACUGCAACAGCCAGUGGAUAGAAAAAGAAGAGAUAACAUCAAUGAGAGAAUCCAGGAUUUGUUAAGGCUGGUCCCACGUAACUCAUUCUUUGAUUCUAAAGAUAAAUCAUUUGGUACCAAGGAUGGAAAGCCUAAUAAAGGUCAAAUUCUCUCAAAGGCUGUUGAAUAUAUUAACUGGCUACAACAAAGAAUUGAUGAAAAUAAUCGUAAGGAGGUAGAGCUGAGUAUUAAGCUUCGAAAUUUGGAAAUAGCCAACAAUGUGCCCGUAGCAGAUAGGAUGAAUCUAUUACAUACUAGUGCUGAGAUAGGUUUGUCUCAGAUCGGAGUUGGACCGUUGGCAGAAGACCAUGAGGAUAAGGAAUUCAAGAAAUGA